CGAUAUGAUGUCAUAAGGCUCCGCAGCGCUCCUGCUUCUGUUGUGAUUCGGCUGAAGAAAGGACAUGAUUGAACUCUGUCCAAACACACGGAAACACUCCUGGUGAAGUGACUGAGAUCCACGUCACACACUAUUAUAAAGAUGGCGUUUAUUAAAGAGGAGAUCGAAGAUGUGAAGAUUGAAGAAACAUUCACAGUGAAACAUGAAGAUACUGAGGAACAAACAGACCUGAUGGCAUUGAAGGAGGAGGUUCAAGAACUCAAUGAAGUGGAAGAGAAAAAUCAGUAUGAGAUACAUCAUGAUUUCAUAACUGGAGAAAAAUCCACACAGACUGAAAAGAUUACCUCAAGAGCCGAGAAGACCAAAUCUAACAAUUCUAAUCCAACACAAAAACAAAACCUUGAAAUCCACACUGGAGAGAAGCCUUACACCUGUAAACUGUGUAGGAAGAGCUUCUCACAAAAAGAAAGUUUUGAGACUCACAUGAUAAUUUGCACAGAAGAGAAGCUGUUUGAAUGUGGUCAGUGUGGAAAGAGUUUCAAAUGUAAAGAAAAGCUUAAUUACCACAUGAGGAUUCACUCAAGAGAGACCUGUUUUAGAUGUCGUCAGUGUGGAAAGAGUUUCCCAGACAUGAAACACCUUAAAAUGCAUGUAAAAAUUCAUUCCGGAGAGAAACCUUUCACAUGCCACCAGUGUGGAAAGAGUUUCCAAUUCAAUAAAAAACUUGCGACUCACAUGAGAAUUCACACAGGAGAGAGGCCUUUCACCUGUAAACUGUGUGGGAAGAGCUUCUCACAAAAAGGAAAUAUGAAGACACACAUGAACAUUCAUGUUGGAGAGAAGCCCUUCACAUGUGUUCAUUGUGGAAAGAGUUUCACACGUAAAGGAACCCUUGAUUCACACAUGAAAGUUCACACCGGAGAGAGCCCUUACAACUGCAAACUGUGUGGGAAGAGUUUCACAUUAAAGGGAAAUCUUGACUCUCAUAUGAGAAUUCACACUGGAGAGAGGCCGUUCAUAUGUGUUCAGUGUGGAAAGAGUUUUCGAUGUAAAGAAACACUAAAGUACCACAUGAAUAUUCACUCAAGGGAGAACUGUAUUAGAUGUCAGCAGUGUGGAAGCAGUUUCACAGACAAGAAUCACCUUAAGAAGCAUGUAACAACUCACACGGGAGAGAAGCCUAACAUGUGCCAUCACUGUGGAAAGAGUUUCACAAUCAAAGCAUUCCUUAAGGAACACUUAAGAGUUCACACCGGAGAGAAGCCUUUCACCUGCCCUCAGUGUGGAAAGAGUUUCACACUGAAAGUAAACCUUCAGACUCACAUGAGAAUUCACUCCGGAGAGAAGCCUUACACAUGCCAUCACUGUGGAAAGAGUUUCAGAUUUAAAGGAAAUAUUAACAGUCACAUGAGGCGUCACAUGUCUUCAGUGUGAGAAGAGAUCCAGAUAUGAAAGUGACCUCAAACAUUUACAAAAUCAUCAGAGAAAGAAAGUUUUAGAGUGUGGCAAGAGGUUCAUGAAAUUAAGCAAUUUCAAAAAUCACUUGCACAUUCACUCAGGAAAUAGCGAUUUAAUUAGGAUCUGCAUUGGUGGUUUUGCAUUCACACUUAGAAAUACAUCUGAGAAGUUUUCACCUGGGUCUGUGGAAAGGCUUUUAAAUGCCAUGGCAUUUAAAAUGGCACCAGAAAAUAUAUAUCUGUGGGAAAUUAAUUUCAAUUGUAUAGAGCCGUGUUUCUCAAAACUCUCUACAUUCCCUACAUUUGUCCACUAAUAUAGUCCACUUGAAGGAGUGAAAGAAAAUGAGUAAGUGAAUUUGGACACUUGAGUGUGCUGUUAUGUGCAUUAUGGGUAUUCUCUAGCCGUUGAAUGUACAUCAGUUGUAUACUCGGUAUUGUGCUGUAUUAUGCAAUGGAAUGAGUGUACUCGAUAAAAGUUCACUAUGGUUUCAGACACCACUACAAAUGGAUGUCCCCUCAAAUAGUGCCCUAUUUAAGGGUAUAGAGAUCCUCCAGAACAGUCACUUUUUUCUCACAUGGAUGGGGUUCUCAAACCUGACUUUCCCCCAUGGGAAUUAAAUGAAUAUGCCUGCUCUUGCUCCACUCACUCUGUGCAACCAGAUACAGUUGUGGCCAGAAUUAUUAGACCCCUUCAUAAAUAUGAUCAAAGAUGACUCUAAAAAUAAAUCUGCAUU